AUUUGUUUACUUUCUCAUUCAGUGGACGAAAAAAGAAGUGUGUGAUACACUCGUUGUUCAUCAUUUUGAAAAAGAUACACUUACGCCACCUGGUAUAAACACCAGAAAGAUCGACCUACUGUCUUACAACUUUGACUUACUUUAGAUCGAGAGACACAAACCCGGCUGUUGCUCAACAUUCCACAGCACAACCAACCAACACCAACACUACCUUACACAAAACAACCCCUACCUCCAUCAAAUAAACAACACCACCAUCACAACUGUUUCACAAUGGCCCGUGAUAACCUCUCCAUCGUGCUCGCUGAGCGUCCCACCACCGAUAUCAUCCCCGGCCAGACCUUCACCCAAAAGACAUCCCCAGCUCCCACACCAGCGGAUCUCCAAGAUGGCCAAAUCCUCGUUGAGACCCUCUACCUAUCUCUCGACCCCGCCAUGCGAGGCUGGCUCCGAGACAUGCGAUCUUAUCUCCCCCCCGUUCAAAUCGGCCAAACCAUGCGUGGGUCAUGCGCAUGCCGCGUCCUCGCCUCAAAGAGCAAGCAGGCCAAAGAAGGCGACAUCGUCUCCGCCCUAACAGGCUGGACUGAAUUCGCAAUCCUCCCCGAAGGUCGUUUCGAGCCUGCAUCCCUGUACCCCGGUCUCCAAGACCCCAAGGACAUGCUCUCCGCUCUGGGAAUGACCAGCUUGACUGCUUGGGUUGGCAUGUCCAAGAUCGCUGACCCUAAGCCUGGUGAGCUUGUCGUCGUCUCGGGUGCUGCUGGUGCUACCGGAAGUGUGGCGGGCCAGAUCGCUAAGCUCAAGGGUGCGCGGGUCGUGGGUAUCGCGGGUGGUGAUGAUAAGUGCAAGUGGCUCACUGAGGAGUUGGGCUUUGAUGUUGCGUUGAACUACAAGGCGGAUGAUUUUAAGGAAAAGUUCGCUGAGGCGACAAAGGACUAUAUCGAUGUCUACUACGACAAUGUUGGUGGUGAUAUCCUCGACAUGUGUCUCAUGCGAGCAAAGGAACACGCCCGCUUCAUCGAGUGCGGCCUCGUCAGCCAGUACAACGCCGCCAAGCCCCAGGGCCCCCGAGCAUUCUCCCAGAUCGUCACCAUGCGCAUCCGAAUGCAGGGCUUCAUCGUCCUCGACCACGUCAAGGACUUCCCCGCUGCCCGUGCUGAGCUGGCUCAGUGGAUCGCCGAGGGUAAGCUCAAGAAGACGGAGACUGUUGUUCGCGGUGGCCUCAAGGUCGCUGAGCAGGCUCUUGUAGACUUGUACAAGGGCAUCAACACUGGAAAGUUGAUUGUUGAGAUCAAGAACCACAAUGAGACCCCUUCGAAGCUGUAGAGGGUAAGACAAAGAUUGUCGUUUGUGGUAUGUACACUUAAGAGUUGAUCGUUGGGAUCAGGAGCCACGAGGCACCCCGAAAGUAGGGGAGGGCAUGGGAUUGUUUAUGAGAUACUCCGUACCUUGUCGGUAGUUAAUGAUAUGCCAUGAUUUAUGGACAGACUGUUCAAUGCUGCAUGCUGCUAGAGCUUGUCCAAGCUGCUUCUCUAGACAACCCCCAUCGUGUAU